GAAUUUCUCCCCCAAGUCCUCCUCCCUUAAAUAUAAACCUUACUUCCCGUCUCCAGUUGACUUACUAGUUUGGCAACAGUAAACCUUGUAGUCAUGGCCACCGCACCUUCUUCCCCGAGCUUGUCGGUCCCUGACUGGCUAAACAAGGGCGACAACGCGUGGCAGAUGAUCUCGGCCACGCUGGUAGGCCUGCAAAGCGUCCCGGGGCUGGUCAUCCUGUAUGGCAGCAUCGUGAAGAAGAAGUGGGCGGUCAACUCGGCCUUCAUGGCGCUCUACGCCUUCGCGGCCGUGGUAAUCUGCUGGGUUACCUGGGCCUACAAGAUGUCCUUUGGCGAAAAGCUCCUCCCCUUCUGGGGCAAAGCCGGGCCAGCCCUCGGCCAGAAUUUCCUAAUCUCCCAGUCCAAGCUCCCUGCAACGACGCACUACCACUCCGAUGGAGUGACGGUGGAGACGCCGAUGGUAACGCCUUAUUAUCCGGCAGCGACAAUGGUGUGGUUCCAGUGCGUGUUCGCGGCGAUCACGGUUAUUCUGCUGGCGGGAUCGGUGCUUGGGAGGAUGAACUUCAAAGCGUGGAUGAUGUUCGUGCCGCUUUGGCUGACGUUCAGCUACACCGUCGGAGCAUUCAGCUUGUGGGGCGGCGGAUUCUUGUUCCACUGGGGAGUCAUGGACUAUUCCGGCGGUUACGUUAUUCAUCUCUCCUCCGGGAUCGCGGGCUUUACCGCCGCUUUCUGGGUGGGGCCCAGAGCGAAGAAAGACAGAGAGAGAUUCCCGCCAAACAACGUAUUGUUGAUGUUGGCGGGGGCAGGGCUACUGUGGAUGGGAUGGGCAGGAUUCAACGGUGGAGAUCCCUACGCGGCCAACACGGACUCAUCUAUGGCCGUUCUUAACACCAACAUCUGCGCUGCCACCAGCCUCCUCGUAUGGACUUGGCUUGAUGUCAUCUUCUUUAACAAGCCCUCAGUCAUUGGAGCUGUCCAAGGAAUGAUCACUGGCCUUGUUUGCAUCACUCCUGGCGCAGGUCUAGUACAAGGAUGGGGAGCCAUAGUAAUGGGAGUAAUGUCCGGAAGCGUGCCAUGGUUCACCAUGAUGAUCAUAGACAAGAGGUGGAAGCUCUUCCCCAAAAUCGACGACACCCUCGGCGUCUUCCACACGCACGCCGUGGCCGGCCUUCUCGGGGGCCUCCUCACCGGGCUCUUCGCCGAGCCCCGGCUGUGCUCCCUCUUCCUGCCCGUCACCAACUCCCGCGGAGCCGUCUAUGGCGGCUCUGGGGGUGUGCAAAUCUUGAAACAGCUCGUGGGCGGGCUCUUCAUUAUUGGCUGGAACUUCGUCGCAACGUCAGUUAUUUGCAUUGCGAUAAAGACGGUGAUGCCGUUGAGGAUGCCGGAGGAUCAGCUGCUGAUCGGCGACGACGCUGUGCAUGGCGAGGAGGCCUACGCCUUGUGGGGUGAUGGUGAGAAGUAUGAUUUUUUGAAACAUGAGAUUUUCUCGGAUGACAAUUCACAACCUCGUCAGUACCCUUCAAGUGGUGCUACUCAAGUGGUCUAAUUGGAGACAGAUAUAUUUGAUUAACUAGUUCAUUUCAGGCAUUAGGAUUUGGGGUUUGGUUUUAAAAAAAAAAAAAAAAGAAAGAAAAAAAAAUUCUACCUUUGUAAUAUGUUGGUUUGCGUGAUAGUAAUUGUUAAGAGGUACUUGAAUGUGAAUUAUGCAUUGAUGGGAAAGUCUUCUGGAAACGAGAGUUUUUAAUUUACUAAGGAAACUACUGAUAAUAAUUCUGUUCUUUUACAUUUGUUUUCUUUUCUUGUCUUUUGAUCUUCUGGCCUUGACAAAAAAAUCCGAUUGGAAUCAUCG